GAGGUUUCAUGGCGAUCAGUUUAGGAUACAGAAAAUUAUAUACAUUGAUAACAAAAGAUGCCAUAACAAGCUUCAAACCUUAAUUAAGCCAUAGUUAAUCCGUCAAGAUUAUAGUGGGAUGGCUUAUCAUUUUUAAUUAAGUUCGAAAUUUUACGAAUUGCUUGUUGAUUUUCUUAAUCUUUGGCUCUGAAGUUGAUAAUAUAGAAGUUAAAAUGUCGAGUGGUUUGGGAAGAUCUUCUCAAAAUCGGAAAGAUACCAAAAUGCGCAUCCGUGCGUUUCCUAUGACUAUGGAUGAAAAGUAUGUGAAUAAUAUUUGGGCAUUGUUAAAAAAUGCCAUUCAAGAAAUUCAGAAAAAAAAUAACAGUGGUCUAAGUUUUGAAGAAUUAUAUAGAAAUGCUUACACAAUGGUCCUCCAUAAACAUGGUGAAAAACUGUACACUGGAUUACGUGUUGUUGUUACAGAUCAUCUUAUUAAUAAGGUGCGAGAUGAUGUGUUAGCAGCUUUAAACAAUAAUUUUCUACAGACAUUAAAUAGUGCGUGGAAUGAUCAUCAAACAUCAAUGGUGAUGAUUAGAGAUAUAUUGAUGUAUAUGGAUCGUGUUUAUGUACAACAGAACAAUGUAGAUAAUGUUUAUAAUUUAGGUUUAAUAAUAUUUCGUGAUCAAGUUGUACGUAAUCCUAUUAUUAGAGAUCAUUUACAAACUACUUUAUUAGAAAUGGUGGCCAAAGAAAGGAGAGGGGAAGUGGUUGAUAGGGGUGCUGUAAAAAAUGCUUGUCAAAUGUUAAUGGUAUUAGGUAUAGAUUCUAGAUGUGUAUAUGAAGAAGAUUUUGAACGUCCCUUCCUUGAACAAUCUGCUGAAUUCUUUAGAAUGGAAAGUCAGAAGUUUUUAGCUGAAAACUCAGCUUCUGUAUAUAUAAAGAAAGUUGAAGCUAGAAUUAACGAAGAAGCAGAACGAGCCAGUCAUUAUUUAGAUAAAUCAACAGAAGAACCUAUAGUCAAGGUAUUAGAAGAUGAGUUGAUAGGCAAACACAUGAAAACUAUCGUAGAGAUGGAGAAUUCUGGUGUUGUUCAUAUGUUAGAAAAUAAUAAAACUGAUGAUUUAGCGUGUAUGUAUAAAUUAUGUGUGAGAGUGGCUAAUGGUUUAAAGACUAUGUGUAAUUGUAUCAGUAAAUAUCUACGAGAACAAGGCAAGGCUUUAGUUGUUGAGGAAGGAGAAGAAGCUAAGAAUGCUAUCACAUAUAUACAGAGUUUAUUGGAUUUAAAAGACAGAUUUGGUCAUUUCUUACACGAAUCAUUCAGUGAUGAUAAACUGUUUAAACAGAUGAUAUCUGGGGAUUUUGAAUAUUUUAUUAAUUUAAAUGCCAAAUCACCAGAAUAUUUAUCACUAUUUAUAGAUGAUAAAUUAAAGAAAGGUGUAAAAGGGAUGACAGAACAAGAAAUUGAGAAUGUAUUAGAUAAAUCUAUGGUGUUAUUUCGUUAUUUACAAGAGAAAGAUGUAUUUGAACGUUAUUAUAAACAUCAUUUAGCUCGUAGAUUGUUAUUAAAUAAAAGUGUCUCAGAUGAUUCAGAGAAAAAUAUGAUCUCUAAAUUAAAGACUGAAUGUGGAUGUCAAUUUACAUCUAAAUUAGAAGGAAUGUUUAAAGAUAUGACUGUAUCUAAUACUAUUAAUGAAGAAUUCAAAUUAUUUGUACAACAAGCACAGGUUAAUUUAAGUGGAGUUGAUCUAACUGUAAGAGUAUUAACUACUGGAUUCUGGCCAACACAAUCUGCUACACCUAGAUCUUCUAUACCAUCAGCUGCACAAACAGCUUUUGAAGCUUUUAGAAGAUUUUAUUUAGCAAAACAUAGUGGUCGCCAGUUAACAUUACAACCUCAGUUAGGUUCUGCUGAUCUUCAUGCUACAUUUUAUGGUCCAAAAAAAGAUGAAGGAGAGAGCAGUAAUGGAGCCAGUGCCAAGAAUCCACGAAAACAUAUUUUACAAGUUUCAACCUAUCAGAUGUGUAUAUUAAUGUUAUUUAAUAAUAACAGAGAAAAAUGGACAUUUGAGGAGAUCAAAAAUCAUACUGAUAUUCCUGAACGAGAAUUAACCAGAGCUCUACAAUCUUUAGCUGUAGGAAAAUUGGCUCAGAGAAUUUUACAUAAAGACCCAAAAACUAAAGAAAUUGAGGCUGGUCAUAUAUUUACAGUCAAUGAUCAGUUUACAUCCAAAUUAUUUAGAGUCAGAAUACAGAUGGUGGCUACUAAUAAAGGAGAAGCUGAACCAGAAAGAAAAGAAACCAGAAAUAAAGUUGAUGAAGAUAGAAAACAUGAAAUAGAAGCUGCUUUAGUAAGAAUAAUGAAAGCUAGGAAAAAACUUCAACACAAUGUCCUUAUAGCAGAAUGUACCGAAAUGUUAAAGCCACGUUUCCUGCCUAGUCCAGUUGUUAUAAAGAAGAGAAUAGAAGGUUUAAUAGAGAGGGAAUAUUUAGCACGAUCAGCAGAUGAUAGGAAAGUGUAUACUUAUGUGGCCUAAUUGUGAUGUGAACUUGUUAUAGUUAUAAACAAAAAUAAACAGUCUUAUUUAUAUGACAUGUAAAUAUUUUAAUUAUUGAACAGAAAAACAGGAGGAUUGUUAUGGUGGAUUAACACUGUGACCUUUGACGCUCUGCUUGAUUCAAAUAAAGGAAUUUAUUAAAGUGUGCUUCAUUAACGAGUGUAUAUGAAAUAAUCAGGAGAUAUAUCACCAUUGCUCACCGCUAUAGUAUAACAUUCACAACAAGUUACUGAUACUUCAAGUCUUCUUACUGUACUUUACUUACUUUGAUAUGAAUUCCCUUACUAUACCUCACAAGUUACUUGAAUUUCUAUAAAGAAGUGUUUAAAUGUUGAAAUAUGACAGUUUAAGCAUUAUUUUUAAUUAAUUUUUAGUGGAAUUGUUCAGUUUUCAUUGUCAGUCAAGGUAAUAUCAAGCCUAAUUUUAAAUUCUAUAUUAUCCAUGCCACAGAAGAGGCAUUAUUUAGACUUCCAAAAGUUCUAUAUAUUUCAUACCUUUUCUGAAAUGUAGAAUUAGCCUUGGCAUUAUCUGGUCUUAUUUCUAACAUGUUGAGAGAAAGUUGAAUAUAAAACUAAGAUAUUUCUAAUAGUGAUAGUUUGAAGAAGUUUUUUAACUGCCUCCCAAUUAUGCAUUAGAGAUGUGUGUUAAUAACUAUUUACAAUAAUUUCCUUUUUUUAUUGUUAAAUUAUACUAUAUAUACCUAAUUUUCAAUUUUACAGGCCACACUAAAAAUGAAAAUCCUGUUGGGUGCUUUAACAAAUAAAAUUAUUGAUAAAACCUGAAAAGGUGACAUCAGAAUUUUCUAUACACUAUAUAUUCUUGUCAUGAAGAGAAAUACUUUGUCCUGGAAAUCAGAUUUAUAACAAAACACCAGGUGGAUGAAAAUUACAUAAAAAAAAGAUAAUACCUGUAUUGUAAUAUGAAGAAAGUUGUUAAUUUUAUCAUGUAUAUAAUGAAAAAAAAAAGCUAUAAAGCAACAUGAAAAUUCUCUGGUGUUUUGUUGUUAACCAUUGAAUUAUUUUAAUUAGUCAUUUGAAGAAAUUAAUGUACUAAAACUACACAAAUAAGUCAUCCGCAAGUAACACACAAUGGAAUGGAGAGAGUGAAAUGUUGAAAAUUUAUAGGAUUAGAGGGAUUUAUAGCACAUCAAUAAAUUUGUUGUAUUAAAUCUACAUUUCAGCACAAAGUGAAAUAAAUUGUGCAAUUAUCAGAAAUCCGUGUUUCUUCAUUCAGUCAGCCUAUAAAGUUAUCAACCCCAUUUUAAACUUUACUUCAUUUCUGGUCUGUAGUGAAGAGAAUUGUUAUCCAGGUAUGAAAUGUCAUUUUCUCUUGAUGCAAAUAUUUCCUGAAUGUCUGUUACUUUUUUCUUCUGCUUUUCAUUAUCUGGUUACUUGUAAAUUAUUGAAAUAAAAAUAAUUGAAAUU